CCCUCCCCCUUGCGCUGUCUCCCCCAUCAUGACUCCUUCUAGUUCCUUCUACCCUCUUAGCAUCUCUCUCCCUCUCUUUCUCUCUCUCUCUCUCUUCCUGUGGCUCCCUCCCCACGUCCUCCAUCUCUCCCCACUUUUUGCUCCCGUCACUUUCUUCUGGUUUGCCCUGUUACUGUGUCUGCUUUCGGCAUCAUGAAGUGUGAGGAUUGUAUCUGGGGUCUUUCUGUUCUCCUGGCUCUCUGUUUAGGAUGGGCACAGGGCCAGAGCCAGAGCCAACCAGGGACUAACUACACCAGGCCUGUGUUUCACUGUGGAGGAGACAUGGCUGCAGACUCAGGCUUUGUGGGCAGUGAAGGAUUUCCAAGCUACUACAAACCCAACAGCAAAUGUACCUGGCGUAUUACAGUCCCAGAAGGCAAUGUGGUCAUGCUCUCCUUCCGCAUCUUCGACAUGGAGGCUGACGCCAUGUGUCGUUAUGAUUACCUGGAUGUGUACAACGGCCACUCCAACAUGGUGCAGAAACUGGGGAGGUUCUGUGGAACGUUCAGGCCGGGUACUCUCAUCUCCACCACCAACACCAUGAUGCUGGAGAUGGUGUCUGACUCUGAGACUGGAGGGAGGGGCUUCCUGGCUUACUUCAAUGGAGGAAAACCACAUGUGGAUGAUCACCAAUUCUGUGGAGGCAAGAUGACAAAAGCCCAGGGUGAAGUAAAAACACCUAACUGGCCUGAGAAGAAUUACCCAGCUGGCAUCAGCUGCUCCUGGCUCGUCACAGUAGAGCCUGACCAGGUGAUUGAGGUGAAGUUUGAUAAGUUUGAUUUGGAGUCAGACAGUUACUGCCGCUUUGACUAUGUUGCCUUCUUCAACGGUGGAGAGAAAGAUGACUCUCGACGCAUUGGAAAAUACUGUGGAGACGUCAGCCCCCAAACCAUUGUGACCAAUGGGAACGUGCUCCUUGUGCAGUUUGUGUCUGACCUCAGCGUGACAUCCGAUGGCUUCAUGGCCAGUUACACCAGCGUCCCCCGUGGAUCCAGAACCCCCACAGUAGACAACACAGGAUCAGGACCUCGUAUAGAGUCAGUCCCCAGGAGGCCUGCAGUCAAACCCAUCCUACCUGAGAGAACAGUCAUCAUAACCACCACCACCAAGCCACCCACUACAGACAGAUACCAGGCCCCCUCAACCCCACAGCCCAAGGAGCCCACUGUCAAACCCAAACCAGUCAAACCAGUCAGGACCCGCCCACCAAAUAAGCCAGGCUCAGACAGGACCAGAGUGACUAGACCAGAUGGAAAGAGGCCAGUUCCCCUGAACCCACUGUGUGCAAAGGCAUGUAAGAGGGAUGGAAACAUCAAGAGCAGUUUCUGUGCCAGCGAAUUUGUGAUCACGGGUAAGGUGACAGCGCUGACCCCUGGUCCUCAGGGCAGUGUCUAUAUCGGUGUGUCUCUCAUCAAGGCCUACAAGGCUGGCCGGCUGACUAUCACCCAGGCAGGAGAGAACAUGUCUGUCAAACUGGUGUCAGCCUGCAAGAAGUGUCCUGUCAUCCGCAGAGGAAUGCCCUACAUCUUGAUGGGCCAUGUGGAUGAGGAUGGGCGUGGCACAAUGGCUCCUGGGGCUUUCACUGCCCUAUACAAGGCCCCAUAUCACAAACUGCUGACCAAUAUCAACAACCAACCAUGCUAACCUCACACCCAAGUCCACCAAUCAGGGGCCAGGAAAUCCAGACUCAUGCAUGGAUACCUUGACAACCAAGGUUAUGGUGCCAAAAAAUUAUCUUUAUCCCCGAGAAGUCCUUACCGAAACGGAAUGGUCUUGUUUUUUCACUUAAUGUUUGAUGACGCUAAUUUAAUUUCUGAAAACUCCUUUCAUGGGUGUCACUGCUUCAGAUUAAAUGGCAAGCAUCACACAGCAACAGUUUUACCCACCUCAUAAUAGGGCUAUAUAUGGUAUUAUUUUUGUAGUUUUAUACACAUGCAAAUGUCAGGCCUUAAAUGUGUAAUUUAUGUUUCUAAAUAAAGGAUUUAUAACAUA